AUGGCACCUUUCCAACCCCUAUCUCAGCCUGCUACCCUCUUAGGCUACCAUCGCCAACUAGCACCAGCGGCAGGCAUCAAAGUCAGCUCGAUCUGCCUCGGCGCAAUGAACUUCGGCACCGCAUGGAAGGACUGGCUCGGCGAGUGCAACGAGCAAACCUCCUUCGAAAUCCUCGACUACUUCUACAGCCAGGGCGGCAAUUUCAUCGACACAGCCGUCAACUACCAAGCCACAGAAUCCGAGACCAUCUUGGGCAACUGGAUGGCCGCCCGUGGCAAUCGCGAUGAGAUGGUCAUUGCCACGAAAUAUGGCACCGGCUUCCGCAUCCACGAGGGUCGCAAGAUCAUUCAGAGCAAUUUCGGGGGCUUGAACGCGAAGAAUCUCAAACACUCCCUAGACUCGUCUUUGGCAAAAUUGCAAACAUCGUUCGUGGACAUCUUGUACGUGCACUGGUGGGACUCGUCUGCCAACAUUCCUGAAGUAAUGCAUGCCUUGAAUGAUGUAGUGGCGCAGGGGAAGGUGCUGUACUUGGGCAUUUCGGACACGCCUGGGUGGAUCGUGGCCAAAGCGAAUGAGUACGCCAAGGCACAUCAUCUGCGGCAGUUUGUCGUGUACCAGGGGAGGUGGAGUGCGGCACACAGAGACUUUGAGAGAGACAUCAUCCCGUUGGCUCGCGCGGAUGGCAUGGCGAUUGCGCCGUGGGGAGUACUGGGACAGGGGCUAUUCAAGACAAGGGAGCAGCGAGAGGCAGCGACGGAUGACGACCGUAAGAGCUGGGCGCCGAUCACGGACGAGCAGCAACUCGUGGUGGACAAACUCGAGGAGAUUGCGCGGCGCAAGGAGACGAGUCUACAGAACGUUGCGAUAGCGUACACGCUGCACAAGACGCCGUAUGUGUUUCCUGUGCUGGGUGGGAGGAAGCUGGAGCAGCUGAAGAGCAAUUUGGAGGCGCUGAAUGUGAGGAUGUCGAGGCAGGAUAUGGAUGAGAUUGAUAUGGCGACGGGAAAGGCGUUUGAUUUGGGAUUCCCGCAGAAUACGUUUGCGCCGGGUAAGAAGACGGAUGUCUCGGGCGAUGUUAUGGCGAAGGAUAAUAUUGGGAAUUCGUUCUUCUGGAUUGGGGACGAGGUGCCUUUUGCGCAGCCGAUUCAGUUGGGCUAUCACUAG